AUGGUUUGGCUGCAUGGGAUGCUCCAUGUUGUCAUUCAUGAAGCAAAAAACCUGCCUCGUGACAGCAGGAGAGCGCGAACGAGCAUCAAAGAACAGAGCUUCAACCCUGUGUGGAAUGAGGUCUUCGACAUAUUCGUAGCAGACCAGGAGGAAUAUGUCUGGCUCACGCUGAAGGAUGCUGACAGCAUUGGGGCGCCGACCAUGGGCCUGACGCGGGUGGCAGUGGCUGAGCUGGUAAAGGGGCAGGUGUUUGAGGAGUGGUUCCCCCUGGUGGACACCGUCAUGCACUCCCUGAAGCAUGGCGCCGCGCUGCGAGCCACUGUCAGCUUCAGGUCGGUGUUUGCAGAUGAGGACUUCAGGCCGGGGACCAUGAACAGGGGCAUCCCGUUCACAUACCUGCCCAUUAGGGAUGGCUGCCGGCUCACACUCUACAACGACGCCCACCAGGAGCUGGACACUCCUCCCAUACAGCUGUCAGAUGGGGGCAGCUUCCAGCCGCGUGGCGCCUGGACAGAUCUGUACGAGGCGCUCUGCAGCGCGCAGCACCUCAUCUACAUCGCCGGAUGGUCUGUCUAUGACAAGAUCACGCUCAUCCGGGACCCCUCCAAGCCCAUGCUUCCCAGCGAAAUACCCACCCUUGGGGAGCUGCUAAUUAAGAAGGCAGAAGAGGGCGUGCGAGUGCUGCUGCUUGUCUGGGAUGAUCAGACAUCCCUGAACAGCCCCCUGCUGCGCAAUGGAAUGAUGGCCACUCAUGACGAGGACACCCGGUUAUUCUUCGCGGACAGCAAGGUCGAGUGUGCUCUGGUGCCAAGAGAGGGAGGCACAGUGGACAGCGUGACACAGAAAAUCACCAAGGGCAACAUGUUCACGCACCACCAGAAGUCUGUCAUCCUUUCAACUGUGUGUUUUCACGACAGGGAUCCCAACGUGCGCCAAAUGACGGCCUUCAUGGGGGGGCUUGAUCUGUGCGAUGGGCGGUAUGAUACUCCUCAGCACACCCUUUUCCACACCCUCAACACCGUGCACUCGGAGGACUACCACCAGGCCUGCUGCCCUGAGGCAAACCCCAAGUUUGGAGGUCCCAGGCAGCCCUGGCAUGAUAUCCACUGCAGGCUGCAGGGCCCGGUGGCCACUGACGUCCUAGUGAACCAUGUGCAGCGCUGGCUGAAGCAGGCGUCCGACAAAGUGGACAAGCUGCUGCCCCUGCCAGAGAUGCCGAACCUGAUAGCGCCGGAAACACAAAUGCGUGGCCCCGGCGACCCUGCCGCGUUUGUGGUGGACCCGGCAGACCCGGAAGCAUGGCGCGCGCAGCUGUUCCGCUCCAUCGACUCUGACUCGGCGGGCGGCAUGCCCCCCGGCAGUGAAGCCUCCGCGCUCGGCCUGGACAGCGGCAAGGGCAAGGUGAUUGACGCCAGCAUCCACUCGGCCUAUGUGACAGCGAUCCGGCGCGCCCAGCGGUUCAUCUACAUCGAGAACCAGUAUUUCCUGGGCAGCUCGCACGCGUGGCCGGCCGACAGAUCCGCGCCCUGCCGCCACCUCAUCCCCCUCGAGAUUGCCCUCAAAGUCGUGUCCAAGAUCAACGCGGGGGAGCGCUUUGCUGUCUACAUUGUCCUGCCCAUGUACUCUGAAGGCGACCCGGAGAGCGGCUCGGUGCAGGAGAUUUUGCGCUUCCAGACGCACACAAUGCGCAUGAUGUAUACUCUCAUUGGAGGGGCCCUGCGCGCGAAGGGCUCGGCCGAGCACCCGCGCGAUUACCUCAACUUCUUCUGCCUCGGCAACCGCGAGGCUGUGCUGCCAACAGACCCCGUGCCUGACAUGACACCUCCACCCACCUCCUACUUGGCUCGUGCCCAGGCAGCACGCCGCUUCCUCAUCUAUGUGCACUCCAAGAUGAUGAUUGUGGAUGAUGAGUACAUAAUAGUGGGCAGCGCCAACAUCAAUCAGCGGUCCCAGGACGGCACGCGCGACACCGAGCUCGCCGUCGGAGCCCUGCAGCCGCGCCACGUGCAUGGGUUCCGGCUGGCGCUGUGGAAGGAGCACACAAACGGCAUCUUUGACUCCUUCUAUGACCCCUCCAGCCUCACGUGCGCGCGUGAGAUGCACGGCAUAGGCAAGGCCAACUGGGACGCGUUUGUGUCGCCCAUGGUCACAGACCUGUACGGCCACCUGCUGCUCUACCCCAUCCAGGUCAACCCAGACGGCAGCAUCCAAGAGAUGCCCGGAGCGGAGUGCUUCCCAGAUUCAGCUGCGCGCGUGUUCGGAGCCACGUCUGUGUCAUUGCCGGACAUUCUCACCACUUGA